GUUCUGGAAAUCUCUUAUUUUAGGACACCUCCUACCUGUUCAUCACUGGCCCUGAUGUUGUGAAGUCUGUGACCAAUGAGAAUGUUACCCAGGAGGAGCUUGGUGGUGCCAAGACCCACACCACCAUGUCAGGUGUGGCCCAUAGAGCUUUUGAGAAUGAUGUUGAUGCCUUGUGUAAUCUCCGGGAUUUCUUCGACUACCUGCCCCUGAGCAGUCAGGACCCGGCUCCGGUCCGUGAGUGCCAUGAUCCCAGUGACCGUCUGGUUCCUGAGCUCGACACAAUUGUCCCUUUGGAAUCAACCAAAGCCUAUGACAUGGUGGACAUCAUACACUCUGUUGUUGAUGAGCGUGAAUUUUUUGAGAUCAUGCCCACUUAUGCCAAGAACAUCGUUGUUGGUUUUGCAAGAAUGAAUGGGAGGACUGUUGGAAUUGUUGGCAACCAACCCAAGGUGGCCUCAGGAUGCUUGGAUAUUAAUUCAUCUGUGAAAGGGGCUCGUUUUGUCAGAUUCUGUGAUGCGUUCAAUAUUCCACUCAUCACUUUUGUUGAUGUCCCUGGCUUUCUACCUGGCACAGCACAGGAAUAUGGGGGCAUCAUCCGACAUGGCGCCAAGCUUCUCUACGCAUUUGCUGAGGCAACUGUGCCCAAAGUCACAAUCAUCACCAGAAAGGCCUAUGGAGGUGCCUACGAUGUCAUGAGCUCUAAGCACCUUUGCGGUGAUACCAACUAUGCCUGGCCCACAGCAGAGAUUGCAGUCAUGGGAGCAAAGGGUGCUGUGGAGAUCAUCUUCAAAGGGCACGAGAAUGUGGAAGCUGCGCAGGCAGAGUACAUCGAGAAGUUUGCCAACCCUUUCCCUGCAGCAGUGAGAGGGUUUGUGGAUGACAUCAUCCAACCUUCUUCCACACGUGCCCGAAUCUGCUGUGACCUGGAUGUCUUGGCCAGCAAGAAGGUACAACGUCCUUGGAGAAAACAUGCAAAUAUUCCAUUGUAAACAAAUCAAAGGAAAAGAAACCAAGAACUGAAUAAUUGUCUGCCCAUUCACAUCCCAUCCCUGCCUUUUGCAAUCAUGAAACCUGGGAAUCCAAAUACCAGUAAUAACAUAGAAUGACUAAGUUUAUUAAAUUCUAGAAAGAUCUC